ACCGAAGCAUUUGAAGUUUCCUACCUCUCUGCAGUGCUGAUAAGUAUUUUGGCGGAUUGUAAAUGGAUCUUCCUUGUCCACAGUGGGUUCAGCAUGUUGAACAGAAGUGGACGACACUGGGUUCUGAAGGAAGGGAGCGAUUCUCUCUCCUAACAGAUAUAAAUGAGAUAUUCAACACCGCACUGUCACUUAUACACCCAGAGGACCUCAACACUUUAUCUAAAAUCUCUAAUAAGUACUCUGUUAAAAAGUCUCCUGAGCGCGCAUCUGAGUUUAGAGAGCAAGGUAACCUCAGUUUUAAGGUGAAGGAUUACACGGUGGCAGCACUUUAUUAUACUAAGGGCAUUUGCCAUGCUGAUAAGAAUACAGAAGAGCUUUCGUUGUGCUACGCAAACCGAUCGGCCGCCCUUUUUUAUCAGAACUGUUAUAAAGAAUGCCUAGAGGACAUACAGCAUGCUUUGGAGGCCGGCUACCCAAGCCACCUGCGGGACAAACUGAUCACUAGGCAGACCGCUUGCCUGAAUCACCUUAGCAAGCUUGAGAUGAACUCCAACACUCCAGCCCCAAAAAAUCCACCACCACCAAAUCAGAAAAGAAGUGAUCCUAAUACCCUCAGAUCACAUGGCGUAUCUGUUUAUUUCAGCCCUGAGAAAGGUCGAUACCUGUUGGCCGCGGAAAAUAAACCAGCCGGUGAGGUGGUGCUGGUGGACGAGGCUUACUGCUGUGUUCUUAUUCCAGGUAUUAAAUUCAACCCAGAAACCCAAAAGGCAAGAAAGCCGGCGUUUGACACUGAAGACAGACAUUGUCAUCACUGCCUAAGCCAAACAUUAAACUUAACGCCCUGUACGAACUGCAGUUACGCUCGAUACUGUGGAGAAAGGUGCCAAAAAGAGGCUUGGCGUCAGUGGCACCAAUGGGAGUGCACUGUUGGAGCAGAACUGUUGGUCUUAGGUGUUCUGGAACAUCUUGCACUAAGGGCCGCCCUGAGAGCUGGGCUAAAGGAAGUCCAAAGGGCAACGGAAAGUUCUGGCAGUUCUGUCCUUUAUAAAGCCGAUUCACCAAUAAAAUUGAACUUUGAAGGCCAGUGUUCCAAAAGCUCAGAUCAUACAGACUGUUAUCACGGCAGCUCAUAUCUAGGUGUCUACAGUCUUUUACCACACGUGGAUAAACAUUCACCCAGCUUACGCUUUUUACUGGCAGUCACUACAGCAGUGCUUUAUAAGAGGCUGCAAGAUGGACCUCCACCGGUCAUGUGGGCAUCUCGCGAGGAUGAUGAAGGAACCUGGAUGCCUGAGAUGAGCAUGCUGGGAGCCACAUCUCUGAGACAUAUGAUGCAGCUCAGGUGUAAUGCACAAGCAGUCACUGCUAUUAAAGUUAAAGAAGAGAGUUGCACAUCUGUUCAGUCCAGCAAGGAAAUCCGCAUCGCCACUGCAAUCUUUCCUGUCCUUAGCUUGCUUAACCACUCCUGCAGUUCAAACACCAGCAUCUCCUUCACUACGGGCAUUGAGGCCGACCGGCUCACUCAGUUCUCUGGUUCAGAGGGUGAAGACGACAAGACAUUUCAUCGCGGUGUGACAGUCACUGUACGUGCUUCGAAAGACAUCACAGCGGGCCAGGAGAUUCUGCACUGUUAUGGCCCUCACUGUAGCAGAAUGGGAAUAAAAGAGCGACAGCGCCUCCUGCUGGACCAGUACUAUUUCUCCUGCGAGUGUGAUGCUUGUCAGAGAGAGCAGACAGAAAAUGAAACCAAUGCAGGUGUAAACACAGCGCCGGGGCUAAAGUGUGUGAAAUGUGGACAUUCUUUACAGUCAAGUUACGUGUGCUCUCGGCCAUCUUGCGGUCAUCCGAUCACCAGCACUGAAGUCCAGAAGAGAAUUCAGGGCUUGCAGAACUUGCUGGAUCAAGUUUUUGAUCUUCUGGAGAGAGACAGAUCACACGAUGCCCUAAGGGUCCUUCAAUCGGCCUUGUCUCAGGCAGACCUCAUUUUGACAGAGACUCAUCCUGUACAAGGAGAAUUGGCAGAUGCAACAGCCCGUGCAUAUGCAACCAUCGGUGAGUGGAAUCGGGCUGCAUCCUAUCUCAAGCGCAGCAUCGUUGCCAUUACAGCCCAAUUCGGAGAGGACAGUAUUGAACUAGGACGACAGCUUUUUAAACUGGCACAGCUGCAUUUUAAUGGUGGAGAUCGUGGAGCAGCUCUCUCCGUCAUCCUCAGGGCCCGCAGGCUUCUCUCUCUCCACUGUGGCCCUCACUGUGAAGAGCUACAAGAAUUACAGGAAAUGGAGCGCUGCCUACAGUGACUGUUGUGCAAACACAAAAUGAUGUUUUCAAUUAAAUAAUUUAUUCUGUAGUUAUAAAGGUAAUCAGUUAAUAAUAGUUUCAUCAUUUUUAUUACAGACUCGGCUUCACAUACAAAUAAAUACUUUUGGCAGUAAUGUCUACAUUUAUCUGAAGGUAUCCUUUUUCUAUAGUAAACUGAGAGGUUGAUUAAAUGUUUUGAAUCGGGGCUUUGUUCAUAUUGGCAUUUGGCAGUAUUAAUUAUGCAGCAUGCCUUUUUGCAAUCACUAUGUAUAAAAGAUAAUGUAUAAUGUACAAUCACUAAAUAUAUAUAAGGCCUUUUGACCUCUAGGGGGCAGUCUUUAAUAACUAAUAACAGGACUCUGACGUACAGUAACACAACUGUAUAUUUAGAUACCUAUAUCUUGUGUACUGCUUAUAACUGCUUAUAAGCAACUGCAAACCUUUCCAAACUUUUUAGUCUAACUCUGUCUAUAUAUCUAAAUAGAUAAAUGUAUAGACAUAGGCGUAUAAAUAUAUAAAGAUAUAUCAAUGUAUAAGCUUUCCUAUGUUGUUCACCUUUGCUCACUACAACCUUUAGUCCUCGUGAACAUGGCUUUGUAAAUGGCACUUCAUUUUUGCACUGACAAAAUAUUAAAUGCUCUCUUAAUUGUAAGUCACUUAGGACUCUUGGCUAUUAAAGGCUAACUGUAAUUCAUUCUGUAUAACUGCAUGGUAGU